GGGUCCACCCCUGGACACAUGGGGCGGGGGAAAGUUGGGUUCUCCAACCCCCCGCGUCUGGCACUACUGAAGGCUGGCGGGGGGCAAGCGCGAGCCGGAUUUGCUGCUCGCAGGGGCACGUGAACUCCUCGAAGGCGGGCUCCGCCUCGGCGCAGGAUCCCAGUUUCUUCUCCAUGGGAAUGUGGUCGAUUGGUGCGGGGGCCCUGGGGGCUGCUGCCCUGGCACUUCUCCUGGCCAACACAGAUGUAUUUCUGUCCAAGCCCCAGCAAGCAACCCUGGAGUAUCUGGAGGAAAUAGACCUGAAAACACUGGAGAAGGAACCAAGAACUUUCAAAGCAAAGGAGCUCUGGGAAAAGAAUGGCGCUGUGAUCAUGGCGGUGCGGAGGCCGGGCUGCUUUCUCUGUCGAGAGGAGGCUGCAGACCUGUCCUCCCUGAAGCCCAAGUUGGACGAACUGGGUGUCCCCCUCUAUGCAGUGGUGAAGGAACAGAUCAAGACUGAAGUGAAGGACUUCCAGCCCUAUUUCAAAGGAGAAAUCUUCCUGGAUGAAAAGAAAAAAUUCUACGGUCCCCAAAGGAGGAAGAUGAUGUUUAUGGGAUUUGUCCGGCUGGGUGUCUGGAACAACUUCUUCCGGGCCCGAAACGGAGGCUUCUCUGGAAACCUGGAAGGCGAAGGCUUUAUCCUCGGGGGAGUUUUUGUCAUGGGAUCAGGAAAGCAGGGAAUUCUUCUUGAGCACCGAGAAAAAGAAUUUGGAGAUAAGGUAAACCCAGUUUCUGUUCUGGAAGCUGCUAGGAAGAUCAAACCACAGACUUCAGCCUCAGAGAAAAAAUGAUUGUGUGAAACUGCCCAGCUCAGGGAUAACUAGGGGCUUACACCCGUGUUCACAGGAUGUUAUGUUUCCACUCACGUCCCUAAAGAGUUAGAAACCCACUUAUGCCAUGUUCUCAGUAUAGAUCAUUGAUGUAUUUUAGUACUGUACUCUGUUUAGGCUCAAUAAGACAAAAUAGCCUCCAAACAAGACUGAUACAAAUCUAAGAAAUGAGUGAGGGUUAUUUCAGCGAAAAUCUGGAAAAUAAGAGGCUCAAAGUGGAUCCCGUUACAAACAUA